CCAUAACCCACACCCUAACCCUAAUAUCUUCAAGCAUGGCCUUUCCCAAAAAGUUUGCUUUCUUCUUGGCAUGUAUCAGGAUUCUAGCCAUGGCUGACAAAACCCUAGCUCAAAACGAACAAGGAGCCUACCUCGGAGGCCAGAACCAAGCUCGUAAAGAGGUCAAUCUCGAUCCACUGAUAUGGGAUGAUGACGUGGCUUCUUAUGCUCAGAAUUACACCAACCAAAGGAUCAGUGAUUGCAGGUUAAUCCACUCUCAUGGGCCUUAUGGCGAGAACCUCUUCUGGGGGUCUUGGACUGGGUACAAUGCAUAUGAUGCUGUGUAUUCAUGGGUCAAUGCAGAAAAACCAUAUUAUAACUACACCAGCAAUACCUGCCAAGAAGGGAAGGUAUGUGGACAUUACACACAAGUAGUUUCAAGAAGAUCAAUUAGAAUUGGGUGUGGUCGAACAAAUUGUUACAAUGGUGGCGUCAUCAUGUGCUGUAGCUAUGACCCUCCAGGGAAUGUUGUCGGAAGACGCCCAUAUUGA